ACACCACGCCCUCAGUAAAAGGCCACGCCCCCAACUUGAGCUCCAAAGCCUGGAGGGGGCGCUGGUGAGAGUGGGGCAGAAAAGAGAUGAAGGGCUAUUGAAUCCCGCACCCGAGCUGGAGAUCGAAGGCUCCUGGCGGGGUCCUUGAAAGGAGUGGAUGGAGGGAGUACACGGGAAGAUUUGGGAACGGAGGUUCGCUCUGGAGGCCAGUGUAGAGAAGAGGGGGAUGGGGCAGCUGCCCGGCCCCCCAAUGGAGGUCCUCGCGUGCCCAGCGGGCUCAAGGCCAGAGCCCAGAGCAACCAGCACAAUAGCGUCCAACAGCUGGAACGCCAGCAACAGCCCCGGAGAGGGCCGGGAUGAUGGGCCCGAGGGGCUGGACAAAGGGCUGGACAAUGAUGCCGAGGGCGUGUGGAGCCCCGACAUUGAGCAGAGCUUCCAGGAGGCCCUCGCCAUCUAUCCCCCCUGUGGUCGACGUAAGAUCAUCCUCUCAGACGAAGGAAAGAUGUAUGGUCGCAAUGAGUUGAUAGCCCGAUAUAUCAAGCUAAGAACAGGAAAGACUCGGACAAGAAAACAGGUGUCCAGCCACAUACAGGUUCUAGCAAGGAAGAAGGUGCGGGAGUACCAGGUUGGCAUCAAGGUCUCUAGCCACUUGCAGGUUCUAGCCAGGCGGAAAUCGAGGGAGAUUCAGUCCAAGCUGAAGGCCAUGAACCUGGACCAGGUCUCCAAGGAUAAGGCCCUCCAGAGUAUGGCUUCUAUGUCCUCAGCACAGAUCGUCUCAGCCAGCGUCUUGCAGAAUAAACUCAGCCCACCUCCCCCAAUUCCCCCGGCAGUUUUCUCUGCUGCUGCUGCUUCGAGGUUCUGGAGUGGACCCCCUCUCCCGGGACAGCAGCCGGGACCCUCUCAGGACAUCAAACCCUUCGCACAGCCAGCCUACCCUAUCCAGCCACCCUUGCCACCCACACUCACUAGUUAUGAGCCCUUGGCCCCACUCCCACCAGCCGCCUCAGCUGUGCCCGUGUGGCAGGACCGCACCAUCGCCUCCGCUCGACUUCGGCUCCUAGAGUAUUCAGCUUUCAUGGAAGUACAACGAGAUCCAGACACGUACAGCAAGCAUUUGUUCGUACAUAUUGGCCAGACCAACCCUGCCUUCUCAGACCCACCCCUGGAAGCUGUAGACAUUCGCCAGAUCUAUGACAAGUUUCCUGAGAAAAAGGGUGGGCUGAAGGAUCUCUAUGAGAAGGGGCCACCAAACGCCUUCUUCCUUGUGAAGUUCUGGGCUGAUCUGAAUAGCACCAUCCAGGACGGGCCUGGGGCUUUUUACGGAGUCAGUUCCCAGUACAGCUCAGCUGACAGCAUGACCAUCAGCGUCUCCACCAAGGUUUGCUCCUUUGGCAAGCAGGUGGUAGAGAAAGUAGAGACAGAGUACGCGAGGCUAGAGAAUGGGCGCUUUGUGUACCGUAUCCAUCGCUCCCCCAUGUGUGAAUACAUGAUCAACUUUAUCCACAAGCUAAAACACCUACCUGAGAAAUAUAUGAUGAACAGUGUCUUGGAGAACUUCACCAUCCUGCAGGUAGUGACGAGUCGAGACUCCCAGGAGACAUUGCUGGUCAUUGCCUUUGUCUUUGAAGUUUCUACCAGCGAGCACGGAGCCCAGCAUCAUGUCUAUAAGCUGGUCAAGGACUAGGGUCUCCUUCCUUGAUUCAACUACCACCUGCCAACCUAGGGCCAGAGCCCAGGACGUGUCUCCCCUCCUCCUCCCUACUUCCUGACCUGGGGGCCUUGGUCUAGGACAUGCCCCUUAACUUCUGCCUGCCUGCUGACCCAGGUCCCAGGCCCAGGACAAGUCCCACCCCUAUAUACACUCCACUCCACUGUGGUCUAUGCUUUAAUUGUUGAAGAAGACAGACGAGCCUCAGGCAGUGGGGCAGCCAGCCCCAUCUCACACCAAAA